CUACAGGGGCCCAGCGAAACGCCAUGCCAACGCCAUCCCCGCCACCCGAUGCUUAGCCCGCCGUUUGGGUAUGCACAAUCCUACUACUGCUUGAUUUUUCAGGGUCAGGGGACUGUUGCCCCUGUCUUGGCGAUUCGAUUGCCUUGCUCAAGUAGCUCAAGCCUCGCUUCUACGUUUAUCAAUCCACAGCGAAUGAUGACCACGGGUGGCGAUCCGAGGAGUGUCGGAUCAGAAGUGGUCUUUCUUCGUAUCCUAGACGCCAUUGCUGACACCCACCCCGCGCGUUGCGCCGCGAGCCCACUUCACGCCCUUGCCCUCGCCGAGAGGUCAUUGCCACGCCUUCAUCAUCGUGGCCCAGCGGCGUUUUGUCGCAAACCAUGAUGAACCCUCGGCUGCUGACAAGAAAAACUCCGAUCCUGGGGUCGAUGCUGCCGCACUUCCGCUUGUUACUUUCGGAUUUCAAGGACCAAACUUCAGAGAAGAAGGAUCGGCCCUCGUCUGAACGGAUGUUGCCAUAAAGAGGAGGCUUAACGCGCAUGCACAACCACAACACAGCACAGCACACCGGCCCCGGCUGCUAGUAGUCCGCCUUGACCGUGUCACGUCUUCGCCCGCUAAUCGCCGGCAAUGAGCGUAUCCAUGGACUUACCAGCCGCCCUUGCAGCUCAGACACGACGGCCAACCACAUUGGCUGCGGAAACAACGCGGCCACUACCCAAGUCAGUAGUUGGCGGCCCUGGGCAUUCAACCGGACAAUGGGGAGGAUACCUCCUCCGACCUGCCGCUUAGAGCCGCUCCAGAAUCUCACUCUCCUGCUCCAGUUUGGCGUGCAAAUGUCUGAACCAUUGACGAAGGAAUGAGUCAAGGCCGAGCGCGAGAAGAGCAGUGCGAAUGGCCGACCCCCCUCGGACGCCUCAUGGCUACGCCCCUCUCCCUCCCACACAGCAGUCGUCUCGCCUCAUCAAGGUGCAUUGUAGAACAAUUUGAAGUGCCAUAGUCGGCCGUGACCCGAUGUGUAAUCAUAGCUGGCCCCUCGUCUUACACCCCCCUCGAUCUCCGUAAACUCCGGCCGCUACCUCCACGUCUUGCCGUCUUGCCCUCUGCAUUUGUAUAUAUACGCUACUAAGUCUGGGUGUUGCUGCUCGUGGCUAAUUGUUCAUUUGAGCCCAACACUAUUGCUACUUAGUCUUCUCAGGCGGAGGAAGUAUAAUACUAACAUAGCCCUAAUCAUAAUUUUGCCUCAACUUCUAUCAGGCUGGCCUCACACCUUCAAGAUGGGCGUGCCGGAAGAGAAGGACUCAGAAGGUGUGCCAGCGAGAGCUGCAAGCGUCGCCAGCGCUGCCGAUGACUCCGAUAAUUCCUCGACCGUAACAGAGAGCCACAAGGCAACUAAGGCCUUGGAAAAGACUGCCAAGUCUGCAGAGGCCCAUGCCGAGGCAGGAAGCUCCGGGCGACUGGAUGUCGACAUUGAAGCUCAACGGGAAGACAUAACGUUGGAAAAGGUCGAGACUCACAAGUCAAACACCAGCCGGAAGACAGGGCAUAGUAAGCUCAGCCGUCUCUCCAAGAACAAGACGAAGGAGAAGCUCCCUCCCCCUACCAUCCCGUUGAUGGACCUGGACAAGGGCAUCGUCGGCUGGGAGAGCCAGCACGAUCCUGAUAUGCCCCUCAACUUUACGCCUGGCCGAAAGUGGCUCGCCACCGGCCUGCUCGGUGCCGUCACGUUCAUGACACCCUUUGCCUCCUCGAUCUUGGCCCCAGCUAUCUCGUCGCUGGAAAAGGAUUUUCAUGAGACCAGCAUCACCAAGGGCGCCAUGCCCGUGAGCAUUUUCCUUCUCGGCUACGCCGUCGGGCCUCUCUUUUUAUCUCCGCUCUCGGAGAUUUACGGCCGGAACAUCGUCCUCGUCACGUCCAGUGCGUGGUUCUGCGCUUGGCUGAUUGGGUGUGCGCUCGCGCCGUCGUUGGAUACCCUCAUCUUCUUCCGUUUCCUGACUGGCGUGGGGGGCUCGGCUUGCCAGACCAUCGGCGGCGCUAUCAUCGCCGACAUGUUUCCAGUCAGUGAUCGCGGCCGAGCCAUGACAAUCUGGAUGCUGGGGCCGAUGUUUGGCCCCUCGUGCGCCCCGGUCAUUGGCGGUUUUGUUUCCGAGACGAUAGGCUGGCGCUGGGUCAACUGGCUCGCGUUCAUCCCAGCGACCAUUACCGUCGCUCUCAUGACGUUUUUCGGCCGCGAGACCAACCACCGGGUCCUGAUUGCCCAGAAGACCAUGCGCCUUCAGAAGGAGCUGAACCGACCAGAGCUUCGGAGCUGCUACGUCGACCCUGACGGUCCAGUGUUGAGCAAGGGACGGAUUCUGCUCAACGGACUGAUCCGACCCAUAAAGAUGCUGUUCCGCUCUGUCAUCAUUUUCAGCGUGUCGCUUUACAUUUCGUUCGCGUACGGCUGCCUGUACCUGCUCUUCAACACCAUCCCCAUCGUCUUCCAGGGCAGCUACCAUUGGUCCAUUGGCAUCACGGGUCUCGUCUACUUGACCCUGCUGAUCGGCUACGCCGUCGGCCUGACAUGCUUCUCGAUGCUAUCCGACAAGACGGUCGUCCGCAUGACGGCGGCCAACGGCGGCGUGUACGAGCCGGAAAUGCGUCUUCCCGACUGCAUCUGGUUCGCGCUCAUCCUGCCCAUCACCUUCUUCUGGUAUGGCUGGAGCGCCGACAAGGCCGUCCACUGGAUCGUGCCCGUCAUCGGCAUCGUGCCCUUUGGCAUCGGCAUCGUGGGCGUAUGGCUCCCCAUCCAGGCGUACAUCGUCGACUGCUACCCCCACUACGCCGCCAGCGGCCUGGCCGCCUUCUCCGUCCUGCGAUCCACCGUUGCCGCCUUCCUCCCGCUCGCCGGGCCGCAGAUGUAUAAGAGCCUGGGCGUGGGCUGGGGCACCUCGCUGCUUGGCUUCAUUGCCGUGGCCCUGAUCCCGAUUCCGGCGUUGAUUUACAAGUACGGGAAGUGGAUGAGGACCCGGUUCCCGUUGACGGUGUAGCGAAGCCGCUGGAUCUAUCUCACUCGACUCUCCACUGACUUGGCGGGGCUGUUACAUGUCGAGGUCUUGUUAACAAAGAUGGGAGUGGAAUACUUACUGCCUGCGGUCAUGAGCGCCGUAUAAGCCAUCGAUAGGUUGGAGACGUAAAUCAAGU